AUGAAGUACAACUACCAUGUACCAGUGUCAACGUACACACGCAGUUCACAGUACACACCAACAUAUCACACGCCUGCCUAUUACACCCCCCCACCACACACUCCGACACAACUCACAUCCACAUAUGCCUCUACAUCAAAAUACACAUCAACACAGUAUAACACACAUUGCACCCAAACAAAUUACACAUCCGCUUACAAAGCUGCAUCAACAUGCACCCCUUCUUAUAGCAGAGGGUCACGGUACAGUUCAGCACAUCGCACACAAGCACGGAAAGACCCUGCAUCUGAUAAACCAGCCACGCCUGCAAAGAGAACUGUGCACUUCCCCAAUGACAUCAUCUUCCAAGAUAUUGUUCGCCAAGGAGCUCUGGAGCAAAUUGGUCGAUUCAUGAGAGCAAGGAAGGUUCGUGUGGAUACAAUCUUCCCCUCGGGUAUGGCAGCACUACAUGAAGCUGUGCUAACAGGAAACCUGGAGGUGGUGAAGCUGCUGGUAAAAUAUGAAGCUGAUGUUAAUCAGAGAGACGAAGAUGGCUGGACGCCACUUCACAUGGCCUGCAGUGAUGGCUACCCAGAAAUUGCCAGUUAUCUGCUGUCAAUUGGAGCCAAUACAGAGGCAGAGAAUGAAAAGGGAGAGAAGCCUGCAGACCUAAUUGACCCAGACUGCAAAGAACUGGCCAAACUGUUUGCAAUGGCAAAGGACCCAUGAGAGAACAACCACAAAGGAGACAGAAACGAUUUAAAAGAACAUAUUUAAUGGUAUACAAUAUCCAACAAGUUUGUAACAGGGUGGAAGAACAUACUGUAGCCACAACUUGGGCUAUGGAGCAAGGUGCAGGUUCUGUUGGUUGGUUUCAAAAGAGUAGCAAAGAUGCUAUGAGAUUAUUACUAUUUUCUAUUAUAACUUUUUUUCUGGUAUUUUAUUUUACUUUGUACAUUUGUGUGUUUAUCAUACUGCCAGUGUAGCAUACUUUAAAUGUUAAUUUGUGAAUAUUUGUCUUCACUCUGCUGAUGUGACAGAAUACCAGCAAUGUGUCACUGAAUCAAACUGUCAUCUUGUCAAUAGUCUUGGUCUGAAUAGUUAUUCAUUUCUGAAGACUGUUUCAGAUUAAGUGUUGUAUCAACUGUAUUAGUGCUCAGCAACAGCUGGCUGAACUUUCACUACGUUUCCCAGUCAUGGCUAUGUUUUGAAUUUACACUUAUGGGCUGAGAUGUAUCUUACAGAAAACUCUAGAUUUAUGUAUCCUCACUGCUGGGCAGAAAGAGGAUCAUCCAAAUUAGCAACUGAUACUAUAUGUGGGGCGACUGUGGUUGUGGGGUGACUGUGGUUCAGUGGGUAGAGCAGUCGUCUCCAACUGAAGGUUCGA